GGCGCGUGUUAGUUACUGAUGGAAAACGCAAAUCCUUGAUUCAGCAACGUUGUCGAACAAAUCCAUUUCUCUCGGUCACGACGUCAAUGGCGAUUCCUGCAGAAAUGCCUCUGCUCGAAGAUCACGUCGGCGACGCUGUUGACCACCGUGGACUUCCCGCCGGCAGAUCCACCACCGGCGGAUGGAGAUCCGCUUGGUUCAUCAUCGGUGUGGAAGUGGCGGAGAGGUUCGCCUACUAUGGGAUCGGAUCUAAUCUGAUUAGCUACUUGACCGGACCUCUCGGCGAGUCAACGGCGUCCGCCGCCGCCAACGUCAACGCCUGGUCGGGGACGGCCGGUUCCCUUCCCGUCCUGGGAGCCUUCAUCUCCGAUGCUUUCCUCGGCCGGUUCCACACCGUACUGGUCGCUUCUCUCAUCUACGUCCUGGGACUGGCUUUGUUGACUUUAUCGGCACUGUUGAUUCCGAUCAGCCCAUCUACGGACGAGAAUUCCGAUACAGCAAUGGCGGUGGUCACUUCGCAGUCUUCCAUGGUCAAUGCUCUCUUCUUCUUCUCUCUGUACAUGGUGGCGAUCGGGCAGAGCGGCCACAAACCAUGCGUUCAGGCAUUCGGAGCUGAUCAGUUCGACGGAGAAGAUCUCAAAGAGAAGAGAAGCAGAAGCUCCUUCUUUAACUGGUGGUACCUUAGUUUUUCUGCAGGGAUCAGUCUGGCAGUUUUGGUAGUUGUGUACGUUCAGGACAACGUCAACUGGGCGGUUGGCUUUGGGAUCCCUUGUCUGGUCAUGGUGUUCUCCCUUGUCGUCUUCUUGCUCGGGAGAAGAACUUAUAGGUACACCAAAAGAGGACACGAUGAGGACAACGCCUUCACGAGAAUCGGCAGAGUUCUCGUCGUUUCGUUCAAGAAUCGGAGACUGAGUUUUACGCGACCAGGUCAAGCUCAAGGCCGCACCGAGAUGGAGGCAGAUCCUUCUCAAAGGCAUUCCGAGAAGCUCGGGUUUCUCCACAAAGCUUUGCUUUCUCCGCAUGAUUCUGUUGAAGAUGCACGGCCAUGCAGCAUUAGAGACGUGGAAGACGCGAUGGAUCUGAUAAGACUUGUCCCGAUAUGGUUCACGACUCUGGCCUACGCCAUUCCCUAUGCACAAUACACGACUUUCUUCACAAAGCAAGGUGUAACGAUGAACAGAAAAAUCUCGCCCGGAGUGGAGAUUCCCCCGGCUUCUCUUCAGAUCCUCAUAGGCAUAUCGAUUAUCCUAAUCGUUCCCAUCUACGACCGUGUUUUCGUCCCAAUUGCCAGGUCCAUAACCAAAAUCCCUCGUGGUAUCACGAUGCUGCAAAGGAUCGGAGCCGGAAUGGUUCUGUCAGCUCUCACAAUGGUGAUCUCAGCUCUGGUGGAAUCAAAACGGCUCGAGACAGCGAAAGAACACGGCCUUAUAGACCUACCGGACACAACUAUUCCAAUGUCGAUAUACUGGUUGGUUCCUCAGUAUCUGUUACUGGGUUUGGCAGAUGUGUUCACGUUGGUCGGAAUGCAAGAAUUCUUCUACAGCCAAGUUCCGACGGAACUGAGAAGCAUCGGUCUCGCCCUUUAUCUGAGCGCAUUGGGCGUUGGAAGCUUCUUGAGCAGUUUUCUUAUCUAUGCGAUCGAUUCGAUCACCGGAAAAGACGCCGGAAAAAGCUGGUUCGAUAAUAAUCUGAACCGAGCCCAUCUCGAUUACUUCUACUGGUUGCUCGCUGCUCUCAGCGCCGUCGGAUUCUCUGCGUUCUUGCUGUGCUCGAGGUCUUAUGCCUAUCGCCACCUCGAUAUAGCGUAGGAAGCCUUUUCUCGGUUUAGGGGGUCGGUCCGUUUGGUUCGGUAUGUUAAAGAUUGGAUAGUAUCAUAGUGGUAUGUGUAAAAUAUCUUGUUCAUAUCUCUCAAGAUAUUUUAAGCUAAAACUGAAUUUAAAUAGAUUUUUGAAUUCAUAGAA